AUGAACAUAUAUUUCGUUAAAAUAUUAUUAUUUACCUUUUUGAUAAAUAUUUUAGUAUUACCAUAUUAUGAAAAUUGUCAAAAUAACCAUUAUAAUGUAAGCCUCAUACAAAACAACACACAAAGAACAACGAUAAAAUCAAGAUUAUUAGCACAAACAAAAAAUCAUAACCCACAUUAUCACAAUGACCCAGAACUUAAGGAAAUAAUUGAUAAAUUGAACGAAGAAGCAAUAAAGAUAUACCAACAAACUCAUGAUCCAUAUAAACAAUUGAAAGAAGUAGUAGAAAAAAACGGAACAAAAUUAACAGGUGGAAAUGGUACAGAACCUAUAUUAAAGAUAGAAAAAGAUUUAUUGGAUACAUAUGAAGAAAUAUUUGGUGAAGAAAAUAAUAUAAUGUUAAAAUCGAGUAUGUACCCAAAUGGUGAUGACAAAUAUUCAUCAUGUGAAUGUAAUGGUACUAAUAAUAUGAAAGUAGCAAGCGCAAAAGGAAAGGAUAAAUAUUUAAAACAUCUAAAACACAGAUGUAUAGGUGGAAUAUGUUCUUGCUCAGUAGGUAGUGCAAUCUUAACAUAUAUAGGUUUGGUAUUGGCAAAAUCUAAUAUCCUUGCUUACUUUGAUGUCUUAAUUGAUGCUUGUAAGACGUAUGCAUCAUAUAUCACUAUGUCUAAUAUGUUUAAUGAUGCAUCUAUUUUAGCAGCUAUAAAAGCAGGCACUGCAGGAGGCACUACAGCAGGUGGUACAACAUGUGCAAGUGUUGCUAAUAUAGCAAUAAAAGCUUCAGAUAUUGCUGUUGCCACAUUUCCCCCUUAUGGUAUUGCAGCUUUGGUUAUACUUAUAUUAGUUAUUGUACUUAUAAUAUUGUACAUAUGGUUGUAUAGAAGAAGAAAAAAUUCAUGGAAACAUGAAUGCAAGAAACAUCUAUGUAAGUAA